AUGCCUAAACUUAUAACCUUCUCUCUUCUCUCCCUCUCCCUCGCCUUCAUCUUCUUCCUCACCUUAACCAAUGCAUCAACCUACUACGUAACCAGUUUUGGUGCAAGAUCGGAUGGACAAUCCGACUCGACCCGAGCUUUUCUUAAUGCAUGGCAAGCUGCUUGUGGGUCUGCUAUGGCGUCUACAAUCAUUGUCCCGGAUGGAUGGUUCUUGGUGACACCAGUGGUGUUCAGAGGUCCAUGUAAGAACCGAAUCACGUUGCUUAUACAUGGCACCAUUUUAGCCCCUUCUAGGGUUCAUCACGGGCUGGGGAAUUCUGGGCAUUGGAUUUUGUUUUCUGAUGUUAAUGGAGUUGAAAUUCAUGGCGGGACACUUGAUGCAAGAGGAGCUGCGUUUUGGGAUUGCAGGAGAUCUGGCGAUGACUGUCCAGUUGGUAAGAGGGUAUGUUCUUGUCACAGUUGA